GGAAUCCAGAGCCAUGGCAAUAGCAAAUAUGGUUCUUGGGCUGAAAGAAAUUCAAAUUCGUGGAGAAAUUAGGACUAACGUUGACUACACGAUCGACCUUCUACAUGCUUCUGAUUACCGGGAGAACAAAAUACACACUGGUUGGUUGGACAGUAGGAUUGCUAUGCGGGUUAGAGCAGAGAGGCCUCCGUGGUAUCUCUCUGUUGUCGGCGGGGCUCUCCAUAAAGCAUCAACCACCAGUGCUGCUGUGGUUUCAGAUUACGUUGGUUACCUAGAAAAGGGGCAAAUUCCCCCAAAGCACAUAUCUCUUGUGCAUUCUCAAGUGUCACUGAAUAUUGAAGGCACUAAAUAUACGAUUGAUGUAGUUAGGGGUGGAUCAGGAUCCUACAGGCUAAGAAUGAAUAACUCAGAAGUUGUAUCAGAAAUACACACUCUACGUGAUGGAGGUCUGUUGAUGCAGUUGGAUGGUAAAAGCCAUGUGAUAUAUGCAGAGGAAGAAGCUGCAGGAACUCGUCUUCUCAUUGACGGAAGAACUUGUUUACUACAGAAUGAUCACGAUCCUUCGAAGUUGAUGGCUGAAACACCGUGCAAGUUGCUGAGGUAUUUGGUUUCAGACGACAGCAAUAUUGACGCUGAUACGCCUUAUGCCGAAGUUGAGGUCAUGAAGAUGUGCAUGCCACUUCUUUCACCUGCUUCAGGAGUUAUCCAUUUCAAAAUGUCUGAAGGACAAGCCAUGCAGAUUGAUGUAGUUAGGGGUGGAUCAGGAUCCUACAGGCUAAGAAUGAAUAACUCAGAAGUUGUAUCAGAAAUACACACUCUACGUGAUGGAGGUCUGUUGAUGCAGUUGGAUGGUAAAAGCCAUGUGAUAUAUGCAGAGGAAGAAGCUGCAGGAACUCGUCUUCUCAUUGACGGAAGAACUUGUUUACUACAGAAUGAUCACGAUCCUUCGAAGUUGAUGGCUGAAACACCGUGCAAGUUGCUGAGGUAUUUGGUUUCAGACGACAGCAAUAUUGACGCUGAUACGCCUUAUGCCGAAGUUGAGGUCAUGAAGAUGUGCAUGCCACUUCUUUCACCUGCUUCAGGAGUUAUCCAUUUCAAAAUGUCUGAAGGACAAGCCAUGCAGCCUGGUGAACUUAUAGCCACACUUGAUCUUGAUGAUCCUUCUUCUGUAAGAAAGGCUGAACCCUUCCAUGGAAGUUUCCCAAAAUUAGGGUUUCCAACCGCAGUUUCUGGCAAAGUUCAUCAGAGAUGUGGUGCAACUUUACAUGCUGCUCGCAUGAUUCUUGCUGGAUAUGGCCAUAAAGUAGAUGAGGUUGUUCAAGACUUACUUAAUUGCCUUGACAGCCCUGAACUGUCGUUUCUUCAGUGGCAAGAGUGCUUUGCUGUUCUAGAAACACGACUACCUAAAGAUCUCAGGAACAUGCUGGAAUCAAAGUACAAGGAAUUUGAGAUUGUCUCCAAAAACCCCCUGACCAGAGAUUUCCCUGCGAAAAUCUUAAAAGGCACUCUUGAGGCUCAUUUAUUAUCUUGUGAUGAGAAAGAGAGAGGUUCCCUUGAACGGCUCAUUGAACCAUUGAUGAGCCUGGUGAAGUCUUAUGAAGGUGGUAGAGAAAGUCAUGCCCGUGUGAUUGUUCAUUCUCUCUUUGAAGAAUAUCUAUCAGUUGAAGAAUUAUUCAACGAAAACAUGCUGGCUGAUGUUAUAGAAAGCAUGCGUCAACUAAACAAGAAAGAUCUAUCAAAGAUUGUCGAUAUCGUACUUUCACACCAGGGAAUAAAAAGCAAAAACAAACUUGUUCUUCAACUCAUGGAGCAGCUUGUUUUCCCUAAUCCUACAGCAUACAGAGAUAAACUUCUCCGAUUCUCAACACUUAACCAUACUAAUUACUCUGAGUUGGCACUCAAGGCGAGUCAAUUGCUUGAACAGACAAAACUUAGUGAACUUCGUUCAAACAUUGCUAGAAGCCUGUCAGAGUUAGAAAUGUUUAUGGAGGAUGGAGAAAAUAUGGAUACCCCCAAGAGAAAAAGUGUCAUUAGUGAAAGGAUGGAGGAUCUUGUGAGCGCAUCUUUAGCUGUUGAAGAUGCUCUCGUGGGACUAUUUGACCACAGCAAUCACACACUCCAAAGACGGGUUGUUGAGACUUAUAUUCGCAGAUUAUACCAGCCCUAUGUCAUUAAAGAAAGCGUGAGGAUGCAGUGGCACCGUUCUGGUCUUAUUGCUUCCUGGGAGUUCCUAGAGGAGGAGCAUAUGGAUAUAAAAAACAUUGGCUUAGACAAGACAUCUGAAGAAGUGUUUCUUGAGAAACGUCGCAAGAAAAAAUGGGGGGCUAUGGUUAUAAUCAAAUCGCUACAGUUUCUGCCAAGUAUAAUAAGUGCAGCAUUGAGAGAAAUAAACCACAACGACUAUGAAACUGCCGGAGCUUCUUUAUCUGGCAAUAUGAUGCACAUUGCUAUUGUGGGCAUCAACAAUCAGAUGAGUCUGCUUCAGGACAGUGGGGACGAGGACCAAGCUCAGGAAAGAGUAAACAAGUUGGCCAAAAUUCUUAAUGACGAGGAAGUGAGUUUGAGCCUCUGUUCUGCUGGUGUUGAUGCAAUCAGCUGUAUAAUUCAGCGAGAUGAAGGACGACCACCCAUGAGACAUUCUUUCCAUUGGUCCAUGGAUAAACAGUAUUAUGUAGAAGAGCCGUUGCUGCGACAUCUUGAACCUCCUCUAUCCAUAUACCUUGAGUUGGAUAAGCUAAAAGGGUACUCAAAUUUACAGUAUACACCUUCAAGAGACCGUCAGUGGCAUAUGUAUACUGUUACAGACAAGCCAGUGCCAAUCAAAAGGAUGUUCCUUAGGUCUCUGGUUCGAGAAGCUACAAUGAAUGAUGGGUUUAUCUCACAGCAAGGGCAGGACUACCAACUUAGCCAAACACUGCUCUCCAUGGCGUUUACGUCGAAAUGCAUUCUGAGGUCUUUGAUGAAUGCCAUGGAGGAACUGGAACUGAAUGCACAUAAUGCUGUCAGUGCCAUGAAACCAGACCAUGCACAUAUGUUCUUAUGCAUACUAAGUGAGCAGCAGAUAGAUGAUCUUGUGCCUUACCCCAGGAGAAUUGAAGUGAAUGCGGAAGAUGAAGAAACUAGAGUUGAGAUGAUCUUAGAAGAAGCAACACGAGAGAUACAUAGGUCUGUUGGAGUAAAAAUGCACAGGUUGGGUGUUUGCGAGUGGGAAGUGCGACUGUGGCUGGGGUCCUCGGGACUAGCAAAUGGCGCUUGGAGGGUCGUGGUUGCAAAUGUGACAGGCCGUACAUGCACUAUCAAUAUAUACCGAGAAGUGCAAGCUACUGGGAGUAACAGUUUAAUCUACCACUCAAUAAGUAAGAAGGGACCUUUGCAUGAAACCCCAAUCAACGGUCAAUAUAAACCACUGAAUCAUCUGGACAGGAAACGUCUAGCCGCAAGGAGGAGUAACACUACGUAUUGCUAUGACUUCCCCUUGUCAUUUGAGACAGCAUUGGAGAUGUUGUGGGCAUCACAACACCCGGGAGUCAGGAAACCAUGCAAGAAUACUCUCAUCAACGUCAAAGAGCUUGUAUUCUCCAAUCCAGAAGGUUCUUCGGAUACAUGUCUUAUUCCGGUUGAAAGACCAGCGGGUCUUAACGACUUUGGAAUGGUGGCCUGGAGCUUAGAGAUAUCUACUCCUGAAUUUCCUAUGGGACGGAAACUUGUCGUAGUAGCCAAUGAUGUCACAUUCAAAGCUGGUUCUUUUGGUCCUAGAGAGGAUGCAUUUUUCCUUGCUGUGACUGAACUGGCUUGUUCCCAGAAGCUUCCAUUGAUUUACUUGGCAGCAAAUUCUGGCGCCCGACUCGGUGUAGCUGAAGAAGUUAAAGCCUGCUUCAAAGUUGGGUGGUCGGAUGAAGUUUCCCCCGAGAAUGGUUUUCAGUAUAUAUACCUGAGCUCUGAAGACCAUUCAAGGAUUGGAUCAUCUGUCAUUGCGCACGAAAUGAAGCUCCCUAGUGGCGAAACAAGGUGGGUGAUUGAUACGAUUGUUGGUAAAGAAGAUGGUAUCGGAGUUGAAAAUCUAACAGGCAGUGGGGCAAUAGCGGGUGCUUACUCAAGGGCGUACAAUGAAACUUUUACUUUGACCUUUGUUAGUGGAAGAUCGGUAGGAAUCGGUGCUUAUCUUGCCCGCCUGGGCAUGAGAUGCAUACAGAGAGUAGACCAGCCGAUCAUCUUGACCGGCUUUUCUACGCUCAACAAGCUGCUUGGGCGUGAAGUCUAUAGCUCUCACAUGCAACUUGGUGGCCCUAAAAUCAUGGGCACUAAUGGUGUUGUUCAUCUUACAGUCUCAGAUGAUCUUGAAGGCGUAUCAGCAAUUCUCAACUGGCUGAGCUACAUUCCUGCUUACGUGGGUGGUCCUCUUCCUGUUCUUGCCCCUGUAGAUUCACCAGAGAGAAGUGUGGAGUACGUCCCAGAGAAUUCUUGUGACCCACGAGCCGCUAUAGCUGGGAUCAACGACAGUAGUGGUAAAUGGCUUGGUGGCAUCUUUGAUAAAAAUAGCUUUGUUGAGACUCUUGAAGGCUGGGCAAGGACAGUAGUGACUGGGAGAGCAAAGCUGGGGGGUAUACCCGUGGGAGUGGUUGCCGUCGAGACACAAACUGUAAUGCAGAUAAUCCCGGCAGAUCCAGGGCAGCUAGAGUCUCAUGAGAGAGUGGUUCCACAAGCAGGGCAAGUCUGGUUUCCUGAUUCAGCAGCCAAGACAUCUCAAGCGCUCAUGGAUUUCAACCGGGAACAGCUUCCAUUGUUUAUCCUAGCAAACUGGAGAGGUUUUUCUGGUGGGCAGAGAGAUCUUUUUGAAGGAAUACUUCAGGCUGGUUCAAAUAUAGUAGAAAAUCUGAGAACAUAUGGACAGCCAGUGUUCGUGUACAUCCCAAUGAUGGGAGAACUGCGAGGUGGAGCGUGGGUGGUUGUUGAUAGCCAGAUAAAUUCAGAUUAUGUUGAAAUGUAUGCUGAUGAAACCGCUCGUGGAAAUGUGCUUGAGCCUCAAGGAAUGAUAGAGAUAAAAUUUAGAAGAAAAGAGCUGUUAGAGUGCAUGGGAAGGUUGGACCAGAAGCUAAUCAAUCUGAAAGCAAAGAUCCAAGAUGCCAAGCAAAACGAGGCGGCGUAUGCAAACAUCAAGCUUCUCCAGCAACAGAUUAAAACCCGAGAGAAGCAGCUUUUACCUGUUUAUAUCCAAAUCGCCACCAAAUUUGCGCAACUUCAUGACACUUCCAUGAGAAUGGCUGCAAAAGGAGUGAUCAAAAGUGUUGUAGAAUGGAGCGGCUCGCGAAGCUUCUUCUAUAAAAAGCUAUAUCGGAGAAUUGCAGAGAGCUCUCUUGUGAAGAAGAUAAGAAAAGCGUCUGGAGACAAGUUAUCAUAUAAAUCUGCAAUGGGUUUAAUUCAGGAAUGGUUCUGCAAAUCCGAGAUUGCAAAGGGGAAAGACGAAGCUUGGACAGACGACCAACUGUUCUUUACAUGGAAGGACAAUGCUAGUAACUACGAGCAUAAGCUGUGUGAGUUGAGAGCGCAGAAACUGCUGAAUCAACUUGCAGAGAUUGGGAAUUCGUUGGAUUUGCAGGCUUUACCUCAGGGACUUGCUAAUCUUCUAAACAAGGUGGAGCUUUCAAGAAGGGAACAACUGGUGGAUGCGAUUCGAAAAGUGUUGGGAUGAUGAUAUCUAUAUAAAUAGGUUUAGCUUCGGUUCCAUUAAAGAUGGUGUUUUUGGAGUUGCUCGUGUCCUACGGUGACACAAGUUAUUUGAUUGAAACUAGAUUUUAAACGAUCUUCUUCCUCACAUUUGUUAGCCUACAUAAUUUAGCUGCGCAAUAGUUUAUUCAACACUCAAGGGAGAAAAUAUAUAUAAGUAUU